AUGGCUUGUUGCCCGACAGAAGUUAAAUAUGGCUACGACGACAGCAGGUUUGAGAGAGAUGUUGACGAUCAUUUUCAUUGUUCAAUCUGUUACAAUGUCCUCAAGGAACCAAGGUCUUGUAGAAAUAAUGAUCAUAUGUUUUGUCUUGACUGUAUCACUGAACAUUUGAAUGUUAACUCUCAAACUUGUCCUGAAUGUAAUGAAGAUUUGAGUGUCGACACGCUUCGUCGACCGCGGGUAUUGAAUAAUUAUUUAUCAAAGCUGAAGAUUAAAUGUGAUCACGCCAGUCGUGGUUGUCCAGAGUUCGUCUGUGUUGAAGAUCUCACAACUCAUGUUGCGAAUUGCGGCUUUGCUCCUGUGUCAUGUUCAAACGAAAAUUGUGGUGCGAAGAUUAACAAGAAAGACAAGGUUCGUCAUGAGACUGUAGAGUGUGAAUAUAGGACGGUGAAAUGUCAUGACUGUGGACAGGUACGAGACGAUGUAGGAGCUUUGAAGGGAAGUUUAGUAGGCCUUGAACGAAAAGUGGAGGCAGUCGAUCGAAAAAUGGAAGCAACAGAUGGAAAAUUAGAAGAAUUUAAUGCGAAAAUGGAAGCAUCAAGGGCAAAAACAAUAAACGAAGUUGCAGAAGUUAAGAAGGAAGUGAAUGAUGUGAAAGAAAAUCUUUGCAAAGUGAACAAAGAUGUGCAAGUAGUGAAAGUCAUGAUGAGUCAAAUCUUAGAAAGGUUUAAUAUUCUUGAACUGUCCAAAAAACCGCCAUCUCCAACUGAGGGAAUGUUAUUGGAUCCACCAAGAGAAGACAUUUUGAUUGCAGGUGGGGAAGGUCAUUUCAAUGAAACUGGAAAAUCUACGGAAAUAUUUUCCUGGGAGAAGAAUGGAUGGUUUGAGAUGUCAUCAAUGCAGGAGGAGCGUAAAAGAGCUUCAUCUUUCAUUUAUAAUGAUCAGGUGUUCAUUGUUGGGGGAGAUAAAAGUGAUACAAUCGAGACCUUGGAUCUCGAUGAGUUUCCACUGGAAUGGACGAUAUUUCCUGGAAAACUUACUUUUAAGUGUGAUGAUCAUCAAACUGUUGUUUACCAACAGCGUGUCUUCCACAUCGGUGGUUAUGAUUAUAGCAAACAUCGACAAUCCCACGUGAUUAGUGAAAUGGAACUUACCCCAACUUGCACUAUGAAAGAGUUGUGCCAAAUGCCUGAGCCACGAGAAUGUCAUCGCGCUGAGGUAGUUGGAGAUAAAAUAUUCAUUUUAGGUGGGCGAGAGAAUGAUUUUAAUUCUUUGGACAGUGUGUUAAAGUUUGACCCAAAGAAGAAUAAGUGUAGAAAGAUGCCGCCAUUACCUCAUCCGUUAGCGAAAACGACAACAGUCCCCUGGAGAGAUCAAGUAGUUGUAAUUGGAGGCUAUAACAAGGGCAAAAUUCUGAAUGAUGUUUUCAUGUAUGACUGCAAGACGGGCAAGAUCACAGCCUUACCAUCCAUGUUGGAGAAGAGAGAAGGAUGUUGUGCAGUUAUUACUGGAAAUACAAUUGUCGUCAUGGGAGGCUUGAGCUGGAAAAGUACAAAGCUAGAAUCAGUGGAGUGUUUUACAAUGGGAGAUUCCACAUGGAAAUAUCUUCCGAACAUGAAUAACGCCAGGAGCCGUGCAGUUGCUGUAGCUUUGCCACCCCAAAGAAAAUAUGUGUAG